UUGCUUUACGCUCGUACCUAUCGUUCGUUCAGGCAUAGCGUCCUUUAUCUCUCUCUUGACAAUACUUACACUCGUUAAAGGAGCUAUGAAGACCCUACGUUCUAGCGUAGCCUUCACGGCUAUAAACCUGCUCGCUUCCACUAGCAGCGCAGAACCCAUCAGGAGAGCCAAAUAUGGACUCCCACUAGUCCAAGACAAAGCUCUGGUGGACUCCAUUCUACUAGACGAUCUGCUGGGUUGUGCGCAGGACUUGGAGGAUAUAGCCUACUCAACUUCGAGACGAAACCGAGUCCACGGCACGGAAGGCCAUCUAAACAGCGUUAACUACUUCGUCGAGCAGCUCAAGUCAUUAGGCGACUAUUACAACGUCGAACUACAGGAGUUCACAACAGAGGUGACUAUCCAGUCCAAGGCGUCUUUGUCGAUCAAUGGUGAGACGCUCGAAGCUGGUGGCUUCUCAUUCGGCAAUAACGGGACUUGGACGGAUAAGCCAUUGGUUUCCGUGGCCAAUCUUGGUUGCAAUGCCGAGGACCAUCCGGACUCCUUAAGCGGAGCAGUCGCUCUGAUCUCUCGAGGCGACUGUACCUUCGUUGAGAAGAUCACGCUUGCUGGGGAGAAGGGUGCUAUCGGCGCCAUCAUCUACAACAACGCCGCCGCCGGCCUCGCAGCCGGCACUCUUGGCGGUGUGAACGAUCUGAUCCCAGUCGGUGGUAUCUCGCGAGCAGACGGCCUACGCCUUGUCGAGCAGAUCGAGAGUAACGCAGCAGUAGCCUCAUCAGGUGAAUUCUGGCAGUACAUUGACAACACGACGAGCUACAACGUAGUCGCUAGCUCCAAACACGGCGACGCCAAUAACGUGCUAUUCCUAGGCGCGCAUAGCGACUCUGUUGAGGCCGGCCCGGGUAUCAACGACAACGGCAGCGGCUCAUGCGGAUUAUUGACUGUCGCUAAGCAGCUCGCACGCUGGCGCACUAAUAAUCAAGUGCGCUUCGCAUGGUGGACGGCUGAGGAGGAGGGUCUGCUAGGGUCAGAGCAUUAUGUCAAUAUCACUGCGGCCUCGGAGCUCGACAAGGUCCGGUUAUACCUCAACUUUGACAUGAUUGCCUCACCAAACUACGUGCUCGGCAUCUACGACGGCGACGGCAGCUCCUUUAACCUGUCUGGUCCAGCUGGGUCCGCCCAGGCCGAGAAGCUAUUUGAGGACUGGUACAAGUCGGAAGACCUGCCCUUCGUAGGAUCUGAAUUCAACGGACGGAGCGACUACGGGCCUUUCCUAGAUCAGGGCAUACCGUGCGGAGGCUUGGAUACCGGUGCGGAUGGUAUUAAGACGGACGAGGAGGUCGCGCUAUUCGGCGGCACGGCGGGUAUCUGGUAUGACCCGAAUUACCACUCGGUCAAAGACAACGUGACGAAUCUGAACCUCGAGGCCUUCGAGGCGACAAGCCGGGCCAUUGCCCAUGCGGUCGCGACGUACGGCACUAGUUGGCAAGGCUUCCCGACACGCAACGUCACGUCGUUGACCAAGAGGUCGUCGGGCUACUCGAAGAAAUUUGCGAAGAAGUCUAGGGGUGGAAAACGGGCCUACUGAGAGGUUCUAACUACCCGGUAGUCUAGGCAAUGAAUAGAGGUUGUAUAUAUACGGCAUUAACGUAGACCAGCGAGACGGACUCAAUGCCUAGACCCUCCGGCAAAGCUUAGCUUAACUUAAUCCAAGUCUUAUUUCUAAGGCUCAUUCUUAUCUAUGCCGAGC